GCAACAGUGCUCAGUUUCAUUUUGCGUCGUUUAUUUUUUGCUGCUGCACAGUUCGUGUUUUUGUUUUCCUCGAUUCUUUCAUUCCUUGGUAGAUGAUCCGCUGCACUUAUUUCCAAUUUAGUUCAACUGACAACCAGUGAAUUUGAAAAGUAGUAUUGCUUGCUGCACACGUACACACACUCUAAGAAAUUCUCAAGGAUAUUCGACAAAGGUCUAGGACAACGACUACAACUACAACAACGAAGUGUCACAGCAGUCAUGGCGGACAAUGUGUUCAAGUCUCACGAUAUCGGGUUACGCGCUCAAAAGAAAAUACUCUCACGCAUGGCAACGAAAAACAUUGCGAAAACCUUUAUAGACGGCACAACGGCUUCUCUGCUGGAUAAUUUGUAUAAGCUGUGUAAGAUGCAUACGGGGAACAAGGCGCGAGCGGAGAAGCUCAUUAAAAAUAUUAUCAAAAUUGUCAUUAAAAUCGGAGUGUUACAUCGAAACAAUCAAUUUGGGUCGGAGGAACUGCAAAACGCUGAGAUCUUUAAGCGCAAGUUUCAGAACACACAACUGACCAUCAUAUCAUUCUAUGAGGUGGACUUUACCUUUGAUGCGGCAUAUCUGCAAAAGUCCAUUGAGGAUUCACGUGUGGCACUUAAAUCCAUUGUCCAGCCACAUUUAACGGACAAGUCGUUGGGUCGCAUUGACGAGGUGUUUGACUUUUUUGGUGAUACCUCGCUGCUGGAAACGGCAUUCAAGCCAGAUUCACCAUAUCGAGAGGUGAUGGGAAAAAUUGUGUCGGACAUUAAGUCGGCCAUGGAAACAGGAGACAUUUGAGUAAAAUGCACACUGUAAAAGCUAUGGAAAGAGGGGCUAUUAUCAAACCAAAAAAAAAGCUACAACAACAUGAGAUACUAACAACUAGUUUAGAGCAACAAAUGCUUUGCCUACAAAGUCCACGGCUACCCACCAACACCAAAUAGAAAGUAACAAAAGUGCGGUGAAAGACAAAACAAAAACAUAAGAUCACUCUUUAUAUAGAAAAAAUGAUUAUUUUUUAAUUGAAUUGGUGAUAUCCAUAUUAACAUUAUUAAGUAGUAGUCGAAAAACGUCCAAAUUGAUUUAUUUUUAGACAAUGUUAACACAUAAUUAAUUGAAAAUGUUAACAUUUUGUCGAUUAGAUUUAAGUAAAAAAAUGCAUUUCGCCAAAGGAAUUCACAAAACAAACUCACAAUGUAAUGUAAAACAAGGCAAAAUGCUUUUAUCAAUGUGUCAGUCGUUGAUUGUAUUGUAAUUGUACUCGUAUAUUAAGUGUCUAAAAGUCUGUGUAAAUAUUGUAUGUGCAUUUCGAUGUAAAACGUUUGCACAAUGCAAUUAAAUGUUUGAUACUUUUGUCUGUUUUGAUACUCCGAAACUCGCUCUCCAAUUGCAAUUAUAUACUCGCUUGAUACGAUGGAACCUAUAAAAUAUAUACGCCUUCACAUUCGUAUAUAUCCAUGUACUUAAUUCCCUGAUUAUACUGAUCUCCACAAGAGUUUUCCUAUUAUUUCAACCGCGCGAGAGAAAUGUAUCAACUAAAUUGAGCAAGUACAUGCGUAUUAUUUUGUUAAAUAUUUUAGUCAAU